GCGGGAAGGGGCGGGGCUCUCCCUUGUAGGCGGGGCUUCGGGGGCGCUCGUGUCGCCAGGCUGCGCGUGCGCAGAGGCGGCGGCGGCGGCGCGCUUCUGGAACGCUGGGGAUGGCGAGCGCCGCCAAGAGGGCCAAGGUGGGGCCGCCGGACGCCCUGGAGGCCUUCCUGCACUGGUGCGCCGACGUCGGCUUGGAGCUCAGCCCCAAGGUGCAGGUGAGCCGGGCAGGGCUGGUGGCAGCGGGCUAUGGGCUGGUGGCCACCGAGGCGCUGCCGGCAGGGGAGGUGCUCUUCGUGGUGCCGCGGGCAGCGCUGCUCUCCCAGCACACUGGCGCCCUUGCGCCCCUCCUGCGGACAGAAAGCGCCUCUCUGGAGAGCCAGUCCGGCUGGGUCCCCCUGCUGCUCUCUCUGCUCCACGAGUCCACCACCAGCAACUCCCACUGGGCACCUUACUUGGCUCUCUGGCCCGGCUUCAGUGGCCUCGAUCAUCCCAUGUUCUGGAGUGCUGAAGAGCAAAAGAGGCUGCUGAAAGGUACGGGGGUCCCAGAAGCUGUGGAGAAAGACCUGGCCAAUAUCCAGCUGGAGUAUUCCUCUAUCAUCCUGCCCUUCAUGAAGGCCCACCCAGAUGUCUUCAAUCCCCAGGUGCACACUCUGGAGCUGUACCAAAAGCUGGUGGCAUUUGUCAUGGCCUACAGUUUCCAGGAGCCUUUGGAUGAUGAUGAUGAUGAUGAGGAGGAGGAGGAGGAGGAGGAGAAGGAGCCCAACCCUCCAGUGAUGGUGCCCAUGGCAGACCUCUUGAAUCACGUGGCCAACCACAAUGCCAGCUUGGAAUAUUCCCCGGAGUGCUUGAAAAUGGUCACAACUCGGCCCAUCCACAAAGGCCAAGAGGUCUUGAACACGUAUGGAGAGUUGGCCAACUGGCAGCUGCUCCACAUGUAUGGCUUUGCUGAGCCGUAUCCUGGCAACACAAACGAUGCUGCUGACAUCCAGAUGCUGACCCUGCGCACCGCAGCGCUGCAAGCUACGAAGACGCAAGCAGAGCAGCAGCUGGUCUUGGAGCUGUGGGACUUCCUUUGCCAGCUGGAGAUGGUGGGCGAGGAAGGCGCCUUUGUGAUGGGCUGGCAGACAGUCUUCACUGAGGAAGAACUGGCCAUGGCUCUGAAGCUCCCCAAUAAUGCCGACCUCUGGUGGCUGCAGGUGCUGAGUCUCUCUGCAGAGGAAUUCCAGGAGUUCAAGGAGCAAGAGAGCUGGGAGGAAGAGAGGGGUAAAGAUGGCGCUGCCUACCUGCCUCUGUCGCCUGCUACCGUCCCCAAACUUAAAGCAUCCUGGAGGAAGCUUCUUGGCGAUGCCAUAAGGCUAACUCUGCAGUUGUACAACUCUGGUUUGAAAGAGGAGGAAGAGAUCCUCGGAGACCUGCAGGCGUACUCAAAACUCAGCUGCCGGGAGCAGUUUGCUCUGCAAGUGCGUUACGGCCAGAAGAGGAUUUUGCAGCAGUGGUUGGAACUGGCAGCCUAGUUAUGGCAGAGGGCAAAGCGAGCAGGUCCUCCUGACCUGCUGGCUGUCCCCUCCCGUGGUGGUGGUGGUGGUGGUGGUGGUGGGGUGCUUCUUGAAAGACAGAGCUGGUUUUUAAAGAAGUGUUCUUGCCAGCAUUGGUAGAAAUGGCGCAAGAGGCAGCAGUGUGUGUUGCUUGAGUUUUAAGGGUAAGCUUAAUUUAGUCCUUGGCAGGGAACAGCAGCCUGUCCCCGGAGAAGAGCUCCGAGGGAGUCCAUCAGAGGCCCAGCAUCCUGUUUCCAGAGGGGCCAGCCAGACGCUAGGUUGGUUCCUGGCCAUGCAGCCCCCCAGGUGUCCCCUCGCUUCCUAGGUGCAGCUGGCCCAGUGCUGGCCCCUGCUCCCCUGUGGUGGUCUUCCUCCUGCUGUCCACCGGGAUGCCCUCAUACCUUCCCUAAAGCCGUCCUGCUCAGCUGCCUUCUGCCUGCCCUGCUGGCCUCCUCUCACCCCCGAGACCCCUUGACUGCCAUCUCUUCCCACAUUGCUCUACGCUGAGUAGUCCCAUGCAGAGUCCUGCAGAUGGAACUAUAGCCACAUGCCUAAUGAUCUUUGUAGCCAAUGAAGCAGUUGGGAUGUUUUUAUCUUGAAGCUUUUGCAUACAGGCACAAUUGAGUCCCUUUCUUCUGGAAUGAACGCUUUGUAAAAUGUUUGCGUGCAGCACUCUUUGUGAAGGCGAAGCCGAGACGGUUCCUGAGCUGGACCCUCAAUGCUCAGGCUGGGUUAUGUGAACAACGUCCUCUCUCAUUUUCCUCUUGGCUUGCGGAAGGCUGCUUAGCCGCUGCCUACCAACAUGCUGCUUGUGCUGGACUGCUUCUUUAACCAUUAAUUGAGCUAAUUCAGGCUAUAGGCUCAUAAUGUACUGCAACUGUAUUGGCUGAUACUUUGCUGUAAAAUUCCAGGCUGGUGGGGUGGGAAAUAUUCUGGAGCAGCAGCCACUUACCCCUGGGAGUCUGAAAAGGGUUAGGGUACUUGCAAUACUGUAACCGAAGCAAGCAAUACUUAAACACUCUACCCUGGACAUUUUGUGUCAGUGUCGUCCCCAUUUCUUAUUAAAAAUUAUUUUUUUACUCCAA